UUAAGAAAAUCUGAAUUGGUUCUAUAUAAAUACUGAAACACAAAAGUCACAAUCGUCAGUUUUCUUAGACACACAAGAAGUCUCCUGCAGUGUUCAUUCAAAACCGAGUCAUUAACCCAAACAAAACAAAAAUGGCAGCUAAGUUGAUCGUGUUCGCCGCCCUGUUCGGGCAACUGGCACUAGCCUACCCACCUACAAUUGUCGAGCACAACAGUUACGACCACCACGACGUCGACCACUACGCUCACGCACCCACACCGUACCACUUCGAGUACGCCGUGAACGACCCGCACACCCACGACAUCAAGAGCCAUCACGAGUCGAACGACGGACACGGAAACGUCAAAGGCUCGUACAGCCUCCUGGAAGCCGACGGUUCCACCAGGGUGGUCACCUACACCGCCGACCACGAACACGGUUUCAACGCCGAAGUGAAGAAAAUCGAAGCUCCCGCUCACCACCAUUACGAAGCACCUCUCGCCACCAGCUACCACGAGCCAAUUCAUCAUUCGUACAAACCUUACCAAUACUGACGAUGGCACAUCGUCAUCUCGUCGCCACCCAGGCAUCAUCGUUUCGUGUAUAAUACUUUCAUCAUAAUCUUUUGUAAUAUAUAUGUUUUUUUUAAUAAACCGUUGUCCAGCACUA